AUGUCAUUUGUGCCGGUAGAAACAAGUACCUCAAAGAAGUUUCAGAAGAAGAAACUUCAUCAGAUGAUUGAUAUUAGAUCUCUAUCAGUGUUUAAGUGCCUAAGAGUUGAUAGCAUCAACAAUUUUCGUCCAUCUGUUCGUCAAAACAAUGGAAACACUGUUCAACAACAUGAUUUAUCGAUUAAUCAUAAGUUGAAUGUUCCCAAAAUUUCAUCAAUUUAUUCAAGAUGUGAAUGGUUUUCAAAUGGUGGGCGUAUUAUAGAUGGAGAGCAUAUUCAGAAACGAAAACAAGUUAGAGAGACUCUCAAACAUUUUGCUUAUGAAUACACUAAGCUUUUGCGAGAAAACAAAGCAGAAAAACAAGGAAGACGCUCUAAAAGAACAAUCAAUAUAAAGGCUGCAAUGAUUUUGAGAAAACAAGGAAAGUGGGUAAAUUUUGACUGGGCAUUUGGCCAUGCUCCUGGAGUUGAAAUUGGUGAUCAAUUCCGGUUCAAGGUACAACUUGCUAUGGUCGGACUACAUCACAAAAAUUUAAAGGGUAUCGAUUAUGUGAAUAUUAAUAGAAAAAAUGUUGCAACUAGCAUUGUAGAUUCUGGUCUAUAUGAGAAUGAGACCAUAUCUUCUCAAAAGUUCAUUUAUGUAGGUCAAGGAGGGAAUCCUACAGUAUCUGUUAAUGCGAAAGUGGAAGAUCAAAAGCUUCAAAGGGAGAAUCUUGCCUUGAAGAACUCAAUGGAUUUAGGAUAUUCAGUAAGGGUUAUUUAUGGUCGUCCAAGAGUUAAUGGUGAAAAUACCGAGGGAAAAUACAUUUACUAUGGGUUGUACACUGUAACUAGGUGUUGGCAAGAAAGAGGUCCAACUGGAAAAUAUGUUUUCAAGUUUGAACUGCAGAGAAAUCUUGGCCAACCAGAACUUACUCAGUUAGUCAAUGUCAAUCAUAUCUAUGAAAAUGUUAACAAGGCAACAAAAUCUACUAUGCAGACAAAGUUUGUUAUGGAGUAUGAUGUCUCGCAAGGGAAGGAGAAUAUACCAAUCCCCGUUAUCAAUGAAAUAGAUGAUGAGAGACCCCCACCUUUCACAUAUAUUACGAGCAUGCAAUAUCCUGAUUGGUAUUAUAUCAUUAGGCCUCAAGGUUGCAGUUGCACAAGUAGAUGCUCGACUUUUGAGCAGUGCUCUUGUGCUUCUAAGAACGGAGGCGAGUUUCCAUUCAACCCAAGAAGCUCUAUUCUUAAAGAAAAGCCUCUUGUUCAUGAGUGUGGUCCAUACUGCAAAUGUCCUCCAUCUUGCAAAAGUAAGGUUAGCCAACAUGGUCUUCGGUACUAUUUCGAGGUUUUCAAAACUAAAUCGAAAGGAUGGGGUUUGAGGUCAUCAAAUUAUAUUGCACCCGGAAUUUUUAUUUGUGAAUAUAUCAGAUAA